AUGAAGAUGAGCGCAUUACUGUUAAUAGCUUUAAGUGCGUGCGUCACACACGCUUUUAAUCUGGAACCACGAAUACCUGUUGUCAAAAGGGGCCUGCAUGGUUCUUAUUUUGGCUACUCUGUAGCCCAACAUGUUGAGAUCGAGAACCACUCGUUAUCCAAAUUAACCAGUUGGAUGCUAAUCGGUGCACCUUUGGAUCAAAAUAGACAACCAGGCACAAACAGAUCAGGAGCGUUAUGGCAAUGUCCACUAAGUACAUAUACAAGGGACUGUACUCAAGUUAUUACAGAUGGACGGUUGAUGGACGAUGGUCUAUUAUACAGACCAUACGAAUAUGAUUCAAAUUUGGAAUCGGAUGAUUUAGUACCGCCGGGCAAUGACGAAAUAAAAGACAAUCAAUGGUUAGGAGUUACUGUACGUAGCCAGGGAGUAGGAGGUAAAGUUAUGGUAUGCGCACAUCGCCAUAUUGUGAAAACAGCCGAUUCGCAAUGGGGUCAAGGCCAAUGUUACAUACUGUCUCAAGAUUUAAAAUACGAUGAUUUAAAAAAACCAUGCUCUGGAAAACCUACUAAUAAAGCUCAUGAGCAGUUUGGUUACUGUCAAGCCGGGACUAGCGGUUUAUUAACCGCUGAAGAUCGUGUAGUGAUUGGUACCCCGGGACCACAUACUUGGAGAGGAACUCUCUAUCUAUUCACCAUUUCUGACGAAUUUUUAACUAGAGACAAUACAGUUUACAACGCACCAAUGCAAGAUUUUUCGCCUGUAAACAAAUAUAGUUAUCUCGGAAUGUCCGUAGCCGUUGGAAACUUUUUUGGUAAGGAUUUAGCAUAUGCGGCAGGUGCACCCCGUUCUAAUGGUACAGGCCAAGUAGUUUUAUUCACUAGACGUGAUUUCAAACCGGACAUGGACGUUGCCCUUGUUCUGGAUGGUGAACAAUUCGCCUCAAGCUAUGGAUACGAGAUCACAUCGGCAGAUAUAAACGGAGAUAAAGUAACUGAUUUGAUCGUGGCGGCACCGUUUUAUUUCAACAAAGCGGAGGGUGGAGCUGUCUAUAUUUAUACAACGUUAGAUUUAUGUCGAACUGUCAAUGACAAGUGUUCGCCUGUCAAACUCGUCGGUCAUGAGGAAUCAAGGUUUGGAUUCGCAUUGACAAAUUUGGGUGAUUUAAACAAGGAUGGAUAUGAAGAUAUUGCAGUUGGCGCUCCAUACGAGGGAAAAGGCACAGUUUAUAUUUAUCUAGGUUCCAAGAAUGGCAUAAUUAAAACACCUUCUCAGAUCAUUCACGCUGAAGAUAUGCCCACGUCAUUGAAAACAUUUGGUUACUCGUUAAGCGGCGGAACCGACAUGGAUCAGAAUGGAUAUUCUGAUCUCCUUGUCGGAGCGUAUGAGAACGAUGCAGUCGUACUUCUCCGUUCUAAGAAAAUAAUCGAUAUAUCUACUUAUAUACGUUAUGCGAAGAAGGAUGGGAUAUAUCAGAAUACAAUAGAACCUAUCGAUCCUAAUAAAAUUGGAUGUUUGGCUGAUUUGAACUCGAAUCACACAUGUUUUGCGUUUGAGGCUUGUUGCAAGACGGAAUCGCUAGCGAAAGAAGAUUCUAUGCAAAAUCUGAAAUUAAACUAUUAUAUCGAAGCGGAAACCUAUACUGGAACUAAAAAAUUCUCGAGAGUUUUUUUCGGCAUCAAUGGUAAUACGCGUCCUCAUUAUAUAAAUCGAACAGUCACCUUAGACAGCACAAAGUUGGUACACUGCCAAAAGGAAAUUGUUUAUUUGAAGGAGAACACACGCGAUAUCCAAACUCCUAUCAAAUUCCGUCUGAAUUAUUCGCUGAUACAGGAAGAGCCAGUCAUGCCUCUCGAAGGUGCUCCUUUACCCGAAAUGAAGAAUUAUCCAAUACUUAAUCAACAAGAAGCCGCACGUGUAUUCGAGGCUGUCUUUCAAAAAGAUUGUGGAAAUAAUGACAUUUGCGAAAGCGAUUUACAAGUGAUAGCUAAACUGAAUUUAUCAGCUUCCUCUGUAAAACCGGACUUCUACGAGUUGCUUUUGGGCGAGAGAGAAGAGAUAGUAGUGGAAGUGAAUGUGGCAAACGUCGGUGAGUCUGCAUACGAGGCUCAACUGUUUAUCACUCACUCACAGAGUUUGAACUACAUCGCCAGUAAAAGCAACGAUUCCGUAAUCUGCAAUUUGUACAACGCCACUAUAGUAUCGUGUUCUAUCGGCAAUCCGUUCAAAAAGGAUAAAACAGUGGACAUACAAGUGAGAUUUGAUCCUAAAGGUCUCGAGGAUAAUGAAUCGCAAUUGGGCUUUAUAAUUUUUGCAAAUUCUACAUCAAAGGAAAUCAAAGAGAAACAACCCACUGUGCUGCAAGCUACGGUGUUAAAACGUGCUGAACUCUCAAUCAAAGGAAGCGCGAAAACUCAGUGGGCAUUUUACGGUGGCCCAGUAGUCGGAGAAUCCGCAAUAAAAUAUCUGAAUGAGAUAGGACCAAAGGUGUCACAUAUUUAUGAAAUAUUUAACGAAGGCCCGUGGAAGAUCAGCACUGUGGAAGUGCAUAUUUCAUGGCCUUACGAGGUCGCGAAUGACAAAGCGCACGGAAAAUGGCUGCUCUAUAUGGAAGAGAUGCCAAUUAUUCAAGCUCUAGGAGAUGGUGAAUGUACAUUACCACCAGGAUAUGUAGUCAAUCCAUUAAAACUACAAGAUAAUGUCAACUUAGACGAUAUCGAUAACAUUAUACAAUCAUCAACUCCAUCGACAGUUUUGUAUAAUCAUACUAAUCAUAUAAGAACAACGCGAGAUACAGAAAAAGUUGUAAAUACGCGAACGAUUAUUGACAAGGAUGGACAUCGACAUCGUGUUGUGGCGAUGAAUUGCAAAGCUGGCACAGCAAAAUGUUUCGAUAUUACAUGUUACAUAUAUAACUUACAAAGGAAACAGGAAGCAAUCAUAACUGUUAAAGCGAGGCUUUGGAAUUCUACUUUAGUCGAAGAUUAUCCGAAAGUGGACAUGGUUAAAAUAGGUUCCAACGCUCGAAUAGUAAUACCUUCAAAUAUUGUGAUACAACAAGAGAACUUGAAGGAUGAUUACGCAAUUGCUGAGACAAUCGCUUAUCCAGAUCUAUUGGAUCAACAAGAAGCCGAGCCUGUACCAGUAUGGAUAUAUAUAGUGGCUGCAGUAGCUGGCAUGUUAUUAUUCAUUCUACUUACAUUAAUAUUGAGAAAAUUCGGAUUCUUCAAAAGGCGACGGCCAGAUCCGACUUUAUCUGGAAAUCUCGAGAAACACAGAGACGAUAAUCCUGAAAACGAAGCAUUAUUCAAACAUUAAGUAACUAAAUAAUCGAAAUAUAAAACAUAGAAACAUAAAAACAUAAAAACGCAACAAACUCAUGAUUACUUAAGAUUAAGUACUUAUAGUAUGGAAGAAAAAAUGAUGAAAAAGAUGUUUAUUUACGUAUACAAUUUAUUUCUGGUUUUAUACUGCCCGAAUUUGAAAUGCAUAUUUUGUACAUACGCAAGAGCAGCUAAGUACACGAAGAUUGACAUAUUGAAGUUUGUGAUAUUGUUAUACUAAAUACAUUUUUUACGCACACGACAAA